UUUGUAUCUGUAAAAAAGAUUUGUGCGUGUGUAAAACAGAUUUGUGCGUGUGUAAAAAAGAUUUGUGUGUGGACUUAGCCAAAAAACCCCUGCAAGUUACAAGUACGAAUUUUGACCCUAUUUUUCUUCCUUUAAGCUGAUUGGUCAAUGUCAUGUCAAUCACAAAUUAAACAAUCCAAUCAGAGAACAGAUGGGCUUGGCUGUCGGGGGGGGAUGCUUUACGGACCUUCAGGUCCUGGAAGGGUAACACAGUUUGAAGAUGGAGGACAGCGGUGGCGCUUCUGCAGCGCAGGUAAGCUUUAAUUUAUGGUUUACUGGAACAAGCUAAUUGUCCAGACAUAUAUUUUUGAAUAUCAUGUUCGGUUACUACACUGUAAUUUUUCACGGUGCCAAAAGCUAGCUUAAAAAGGGCUCUCAACAUUAGCCCUAGUGUUGCAUGUGUUCAAAUAGUCUCCUGUGUGGCACGGUCUGUCUGCUUAAACAUCAGCAGCAUCGUGGAGAAUUAUGUGUUUGGAUUUAAGUUUAAUCCCGGUGAGAUGUCGUUUUGGUAAUAUUUGGAACUGAAAUGCUCUGACUUGACCUUAGCACUGGUCCCAGGUCACCCCCGAGUUUGUGUUAGAGUAAUACUACAGUAAUUACAGUAUACAACAACUUUCAACAGCUACUGAAAGUUAGGGGACCUAGCUUCACUUUCAGUAGCUGCUAACGCGUUAACGAGCAAACCGUGCUAACGUGUUACGCUGCACUAACUUGCUAACGUAAAAUCGGUUAACGUCAUUUUAAGGAGAUAUAUGUGCGUGUAUAAAGUAUUUGAUUUCAAUUUUCUUUUACUACUGUAACUAUGGCUUAACAAGCUUCCUUAGUGUUCUUUUAAACUCUCACUCAUGACUAUUAGUUAUACUGUUAACUAUUUUAAUAUCAGGUUAAUAAGGGAAUAGGGAUAUAUCGGGAAACCAUAUGGUAUUGUUUAAAUGAAGAUGCAGAUGUUCAAUAACAUAUAAAUAUAUUUUCAACAGGAGCCAAAGACUGCAAUAGAGAAGGCUAUACUGAAUCUUGUGGGAAUUCUGUCAACUUCCCAGUCUGAUAUUAGUAGUGGAACUGCAACCACAUCUGUUACAGCGACAGUGCCUUAGCAAACCCCAAGAGUGAGCACCCAAAUAGAAAUGCAAAGGUCAUUUCCAGCAAUGUUUCAAAGAAGGCAAUCCAAAGGAAAGAGGCCUUUCCCAGCUCCUAGUAAUGUCAUACAUGCAGUUCGCAACAUUCAGUUGCAAUUCUGUCUUUUGCCUGAUUCCACGACAAAAACCCCAAAGAAUGAAAUACGGCUUCUUCAAGCUGGACUUGGAAGGCGAACUCUCAGCAUAGCUGACAAUGCUGAUCAUGAAGAAAUUACUGUAGCUCUGCAUGAAGAGUAUCCGAAGAUGAAGGCCCUAACUGGUGGAUGGCUCUUGUAUAAAGCAGGAGGUGGUAGCGGACAGAGAAAUCUCUCUCUAGUAUCUCAGGGAACACAAGGCUACACAGCCAAGACGCUCAAGAUGGCCACCAACAAUGGAAAAAAUACACUUUAUAUUGUCCCUCUCCAAGAAAAAAUUGAUACUACACCUCUUCCACAUGAUGCUGCAGAAUUCAGCAAAAUGCCGAAGUCUCAGUGCAAGACCUGUGGUGUGACUAUGCCUCUUCAGCUACUUGUUUGUCACGUAGAAAACUGUGUACAAGAAGCUGCGUGUGAAAGCAUGACUGACCAGGCACAUCAGAAUGAAGUCCAAUUGGAGCCUUCUUGUCCUGUUUGUGGAAAUCGUUAUCCUCCAGAUGACUUGGUCUUGCAUGCCAGUACAUGUGGUGAUCGUGAAGUGGAUGACCUGCAUCACACAGCACAUGAAUUCAGAGACACACUUCUCAAUUUUGCUGCUGAGAUGAACACUGACAUCCCAGCCAACAAUAAGGAAGAACAGUGGAAAAAGGCCAGUGAUCCCCAAGAUGCUGCAGUUUUGUUUAAGAGGCAUCUCUUAAAGGAAAAGGAGGAGAACCCCACAAUCACAGCUAUCAUUGACAUUCGACAAGAUCAAACAUCCCAGAGCCGAGAGAUCAUUGCUUUCUACAAAAGACCACAGAUUGAUUGGGCAGGACCUUUUCGUUGUUCUUUACAAGGUGACACAGCUGUUGGCACUGGGGUCCAGAGACAUUUUUUCAGCAUGGCAAUGCUAAAGUUGCAACAUGGCUUCAACAUCCAUAGCGGUGCAGCCAACAUGACCCUUCUCUUUGAGGGACAAGAGAACCAUCUAGUGCCUUCUACUUCUCAGAUUUUGGCAGACAGUGACUUAUUUGUGGUAGCAGGCAGAAUGAUUGGGCAUUCAUUUUUGAACGAUGGGCCACGAUUGCAUGGCCUCAGCAAGGCUAUUAUUCACAUGUUGGUCCAUGCUGAUAGAGACACUGUCACUGUCCAGCUCGAUGAUGUGCCAGAUCUAGAUAUUCGUUCUACAAUUUGCAUGCUUGAUGGUAAUAAACACCUCACUGAGCAGCAGAAGGAUGACAUUAACAAUUUGGCCAUUUCCUGGGACUUGCCACCCGUCAGUGCAGAAAACCGCAGAUGGCUGUUCCAACAGCUUCUCCAUCAUGCAGUGAUAGGCCGAACUAAAAGGCAGACAAAACACAUCAGAAAAGGUCUGAAGGACACCGGAUUGUUGACUAUGCUUCAACAAAGACCUGACACAGCCUCAGUGGUCUUUCCCCAGCAUGAAGACAGCAUUCUUACUGCACAGGCUGUUCUUAGCCACAUUGUUUGGCCAGGAGAUGGUAAAUGGUAAAUGGACUGAUUCUUAUAUAGCGCUUUUCUACUCUCCCGGAGUACUCAAAGCGCUGCAUACAACAUGCCUCAUUCACCCAUUCAUGCAAGCACUUCUAAACACAAGUGCAAACUAUAACUACAUUCACACUCCGAUGAAUGCAUCGGAGGGCAAU